CUUAUCGUCCAAUCAUAGCUAUGAAUCCUGUUUCUGGAUACAUACAAAAACACCAAAGCAAAGUUCCAAACAAAAUCUCUGCAAUCUUUUGGCGUAUAAAUUAAACCCCACCACCAAGAACUACUCCAGAUCAAUUUCUUUCACAACAAAAGAAAACAAAAACUUUCCAUGUCAAUGGCUGCUUCCAUGACAUUCACAGGCCUCAACUCCUCAAGGGUGCUUCCCAUUACCAGCCAGCCGCACCCAUCUUCCCAUUUCCCCUCAAACAUGCUCAAGUUUGCACCUUUCAGAACACCUUCUGCUUAUUCUUCUUCUGUGUCCUGCUCUGCCACCAGGGACCCUUCCUAUGUUGUGCCACUGGAGGAACACCGCAAUUUGGAUAAUGGGUCAGUUUUGCCCAGUAGACCCGAUUCGUUUGGGAGGUUUGGCAAGUUUGGGGGGAAGUAUGUCCCUGAGACUCUGAUGCAUGCACUCACUGAGCUUGAGGCUGCUUUUCAUUCCCUCACUGCAGAUGAGCAGUUUCAGACAGAAUUGGCUGGGAUCCUGAAAGAUUAUGUGGGUCGAGAGAGUCCUCUUUAUUUUGCAGAAAGGUUGACAGAGCGUUAUAAGAGGCCUAAUGGUGAAGGGCCUCACAUUUAUCUGAAGAGGGAAGAUCUCAAUCAUACUGGUGCUCACAAAAUUAACAAUGCUGUUGCUCAAGCUUUGCUUGCAAAGAGCUUGGGAAAAAAACGCAUAAUUGCUGAAACUGGAGCUGGUCAGCAUGGAGUUGCCACUGCUACUGUAUGUGCUCGAUUUGGUUUGGAAUGCAUCAUUUAUAUGGGUGCACAGGAUAUGGAAAGACAAUCUCUCAAUGUUUUUAGAAUGCGUCUCCUUGGUGCUGAGGUUAGAGCAGUUCAUUCUGGGACUGCUACCCUCAAGGAUGCUACAUCAGAGGCUAUAAGGGACUGGGUGACUAAUGUAGAGACGACUCAUUAUAUUUUGGGUUCUGUUGCUGGGCCACAUCCAUAUCCAAUGAUGGUCAGAGAGUUUCAUGCUGUGAUUGGCAAGGAGACCAGAAAACAAGCUUUGGAAAAAUGGGGAGGGAAGCCAGAUGUUCUGAUUGCAUGUAUUGGUGGGGGUUCAAAUGCCAUGGGACUUUUCCAUGAAUUUGUCGAUGACAAAGAUGUUAGGCUAAUUGGUGUGGAGGCUGCUGGAUUUGGCCUAGACAGUGGCAAGCAUGCUGCAACUUUAACAAAAGGAGAAGUUGGGGUUUUACAUGGAGCUAUGAGCUAUCUUUUGCAGGAUGCUGAUGGACAAAUAGUUGAGCCUCACUCUAUUAGCGCAGGCUUGGACUAUCCUGGUGUGGGUCCCGAACAUAGCUUUUUGAAAGAUUUAGGACGUGCUGAAUAUUAUAGCAUCACUGACGAAGAAGCAUUGGAAGCUUUCAAGAGAGUUUCAAGACUUGAAGGCAUAAUUCCAGCUUUGGAAACAUCUCAUGCAUUGGCAUAUCUAGAGAAAGUGUGUCCAAACCUUCCCAAUGGAACCAAGGUUGUGGUUAACUUCAGUGGCAGGGGUGAUAAGGAUGUUCAAACUGCCAUCAAGUACUUGAAGAUUUGAAAUGUUCAUCAUGUCAUGUGGAAUGAGUGCUGAACUGAGCUUACUCAUAGAGACAUAAUUAAUAUAAUUUAUUAUUAGACCAAGUUAAAUAACAAUGUAUAUUUGCAUCAGAAAA